AUGAAGACAAUGCAAGAGGAGUCAGAAGAAGGUAGUUACUCAAAUACAUCUACAACUACCAAUGUUGCUGAAAACUUACCGUCACUAAAGGGCCCAAGUGUGUGUUACACUCCCAGAGGAACAAAAGAGUUUAUACCGUGUUGUCCCCCUGAACUAAAGCCUACACUUGGUAUGCUUUUUGAUUCCUUACUUAAAGGUGUUGAUUUUUAUAAGCAAUAUGCUAGAUUUGGUGGGUUUGUGGUAAGACUAGGUACUGAAAAGAGAAUUAAAGAUAGUGAUAAAGUCUACUUGAAAUAUUUACAUUGUAAUAAACAAGGGUUUACGAAGGAUGGUGAAACUAAAGCAAAAGUUUCUAACAAAGAUAAAAAUCCUAAAGCUAGAAAAAGAACCAUAAAUCGUGUUGGAUGUAAUGCAAUGAUUGGGUUUAGAGAACGUUCAGAUGGAAAAUGGAUGGUUUAUGUCUUUCAUGAAUCUCAUAGCCACAAUCUUGCUUCUCCCAACACAAUGAAUUUUUUGGCAAAUGUUGGAAACCUUAAACUUGGCCAGAAAAAAUUCAUUUUUGACAACUCUAGAUUGAACAUUGGUCCAAACAAGUCUUAUAAGUUGAUGAAAGAACAUCUUGGUAGCUAUGAUAAUAUAGGUGCAACAUUGAAUGAUUUCAAGAACUUUAAUCGAGACUUGAAAGCUUACAUACAAGAGAAAGAUGCUUCGAUGUUUAUAAACAAUUUGAAAGAAAAAGCUGAAAACAGUGAAGGUGCCUUUUUCUUUGAGCAUUGUAUGGAUGAACAUCAACGCUUGACAAGAGUAUUUUGGGCAGAUGCAAUUAGUAGAAAAAAUUAUUCGUUGUUCUGUGAUAUGAUUACAUUUGAUACAACAUUUGACACCAACAAAUACUCUAUGGUUUUUGCCCCAUUUACGGGUGUUGAUCACCAUGGUAAGUGUGUGACUUUUGGGAUAGGCUUACUUGCAAAGGAGGAUAUUGAAUCCUUUGAAUGGUUAUUUGAAACUUUCUUAAAGGCAAUGAAUAACUGUCAGCCUACCUGUAUCAUGACAGAUCAAGACCCUGCGAUGAAAGUGGCAAUUGAAAAAGUUCUUGAUAAGGCAAAACAUAGGUUUUGUAUGUGGCACAUUAUGAAAAAAGUGCCACAAAAGGUAGGGCCCAAAUUAUGCUUAGAAACUGAUUUUCUUCAUAAACUAAACUCUGUUGUGUGGAAUAGAGACCUUGAACCAGAAGAAUUUGAAAUUGGUUGGCAGUCUGUGAUGUCUGAAUUUGAUUUAGUGAAUGAAGAUUGGUUCAAAAAUAUGUAUAAUAUAAGGAAUAUGUGGAUUCCUUCCUACUUUCGUGACCUUUUUAUGGGUGGGAUUUUAAGGUCAACUCAAAGAUCAGAGAGUGAAAAUAGCUUUUUCACUAAUUUCACCAAUCAGCAUUUGUUAUUGGUUGAGUUGUGGUUUCGCUAUGAAUCUGCAAUCGAUGCUCAAAGGCACACACAAGACAAGUUGAAUGCUACUUCAAAAACUACACAUCCCCAACUUGUCACCCCCCUGUACUUGGAAAAGCAUGCUGCAUUUGCUUACACUCAUAAUGUAUUUUACAUAUUCCAAAAGGAAUUCAAGCAUGCUUUGUACAAUUGUGGUAUAAGUAAUGUUACCAUCAAAGAAGAAGAAGGGAUUGAGCAAUAUAGAAUUGUUGACAACACAAGGAAAAAAAGCUAUCAUGUCACAUAUGUUUUGUGUUCUAAUGAUGCUUCAUGCUCUUGUAAAAUGUUUGAAUCUGUUGGAAUAUUAUGUCGUCACAUUCUCUUUGUCAUGAAAGGAAAGUUCUUAUUUGAGAUUCCAAGGCAAUAUGUUUUACAUCGUUGGACUAAAGAAGCUAUGAAGAAACCAAUUUUUGGCUUAAACAACUUGCUUGAUGGGGCAGAGAAGGAUAAGAAGCAAAAGCUAGUUGGUGAUUUAUGGUGCAGGUUUUUUUCAUGUGUAAGUCUUUGUGAGGAGAAAGUUGAAUGCCUAGAGUCAUUGUUGUCUAAGCUAAUAUCUUUUGAAAAUGAGAUGAAAGACUUGGAUUCUAUAAGUCCAGUUGAUAAACGUGAGGCAAAAAAUAAACACAUCGAAUUAUUUGUUGGAUCUAAUGACAUAGUUGUUGAUAUUCUUCCUCCAAACAAGUCUUCCAACAAAGGUAGUGGUAGUGGAAAAAGGAAAAAAUCUGACAAAGAGAUAGCUAUUGAGGAAAGCCAAAGGAAAGAUAGACUUUGUAGAACUUGUGGUCAGAGAACAAACCAUGAUAGUCGGAAUUGUCCGCAAAAAAAAUCCAACUUGAAUGAGGAUUUCAAAGAAGAGUAGAAAGGCUGCAAAACCACUUCAUAUUUACAAGAAGCAACAUCGGCUACUGACAGCCUAGUGCUGAAAUAGAGGAGAUGAGAGGAAAGAAAGAACAUAGUGCUAUAGUGCCCUUUUUAUUGAUAUAGUGAUUGUUAUUGUUUCACAUAUAUUAAACAGGGACCUUUUAUUGCUCAAAUUUUAUUGAUAGGGUGACCUUUUAUUGUUAAACUUUUUAUUGACCUUUAUAUUGUUAUUUUGAUGUAGUGACAUAUUGACAUAUGAUAACUUCAAUUUAUAUUAUAGUAUGUGUUUUUAACGUCAUAGUGACUUUUUUUCAUCGUAUUGACACCUUAUUCCGUGAUAACCUUUUUAGUGAUAUAAUGACCUUUAUUAUGAUAUAACAACCGUAUAAAAAAUACUCACAUUUUAACAAUUCUUCUAAUCCACAUCGAUUAAGCCAAUACAAAGUUAGGGAAGGAGGGGCUCGUUCUUUUAAUUGAUAUACUAAAUGAAUAGCUUAAGAAUAGAUUAAUAUAAAUACGACACUUUUACCUUACAUAGUGACCUUUUAUUUAAAUAGAGACAGAUUAUUAUAGACAUCUUUUUUAUCACAUAGUAACGCUCUUGCAUCUCAUAGUGAUCCUUUUGCAUCGCAUAGUAAUUGGAAAUUUUUACCUCAUAUAAUGCCAUUUUACUUACAUAAUGACUAUAAAAAGUAAUAUAAUAUCCUUUUUCAAGUUUUUCUUUUCUUUUUUAAGAGA